AUGCAUCAGCAGCAGCACAACCACCACCGCGAGAUGGCCAGGGCCGGCGGUGAGACAGCCGCCCACCGCCACCAGAGCGAGACGGCCACCCGCAGAGGCGGCGGCGAGACGGCAGCUCACCGGACAGAGAGAGCCGGCGCCGAAGCAGCCGCCACUCGGAGGGCGACAGCCCACCGGACAGAGGCGAGGGACGGCGGCGAGCCGGCCGCCGCCGCGGCCACCACCCGUGGCCAUCGAGCCCCGGCAGCGGCGGAGAUGCCGGCCCGCCGGACGACAGAGAAGAAGGAGAGCCUCGAGAGCCUCCUGGACGCCACGGAAGCCCGCGGAACGCGCGGCGGCGGCGGCGUGCCGGCCGGCGUGAAGGUGACCAGCUUCCCCGGGCAGGGGCUGGAGUUCAAGAACCUGUCCUACAGCGUCACCAAGAAGCAGAAGAAGGACGGCGUGAAGAUGAAGAAGGAGGUGUACCUGCUGAACGACAUCUCCGGCCAGGCCCUCCGCGGCCAGGUCACCGCCAUCCUCGGCCCCAGCGGCGCCGGCAAGUCCACCUUCCUCGACGCCCUCGCCGGCAGGAUCGCCAAGGGCAGCCUCGAGGGCUCCGUCAGCAUCGAUGGCCGAUCCGUCACCACGAGCUACAUGAAGCAGAUUUCGUCGUACGUGAUGCAAGACGAUCAGCUGUUCCCGAUGCUGACGGUGCUGGAGACGCUCAGUUUCGCAGCUGAAGUGAGGCUCCCUCCGUCGCUCUCCAGAGCUGAGAAGCUCAAGCGAGUCUGGGAACUCAUCGACCAGCUUGGCUUGCAGACAACGGCUCACACGUACAUCGGGGAUGAAGGGACCCGAGGAGUGUCCGGCGGGGAGCGGCGGAGGGUGUCGAUCGGCGUAGACAUCAUCCACAGGCCGUCUCUGCUGUUCCUCGACGAGCCCACCUCCGGCCUCGACUCCACCAGCGCGCACAGCGUCGUGGAGAAGGUCAAGGACAUCGCCAGGGGAGGCAGCAUCGUGCUCAUCACCAUUCACCAGCCAUCCUUCAGGAUUCAGAUGCUUCUCGACAGGAUCGUCAUCCUCGCAAGGGGAAGGCUGAUCUACCUAGGCAGCCCAGGCACAGUGCCAGCACACCUCGCAGGUUUCGGCAGGCCGGUGCCGGACGGCGAGAACAGCAUCGAGCAUCUCCUGGACGUCAUCAAGGAGUACGACGAAUCCACGUCGGGGCUCGAGCCUCUCGUCGCCUACCAGAGGGACGGCACGAUGCCCGACGCCGCCGCGAGAACUCCGGUGCCAAGAACGCCGGCGAGGACGACGCCGCGCCACAAGUCGGUGCAGUUCAGGCAGAUUCACCUCAAGAGCAACCAGUUCUCCACCUUCGAGUCGUCGUACAAUGGUGGUGGUGGUGGUGGUGACGACGACUUUGAUAAUUCGCUGGAGAGGAAGUCGCAGACGCCGAUGCACGCCGGCGGCGGGACGGCCUCCGGGUACCAGCCGAGGCUGGCGUCGCAGUUCUACAAGGACUUCUCGGUCUGGGUGUACAAUGGCGUCACCGGCAGCACGCCGCAGCGGCGGCCGACGUGGACCCCGGCGAGGACGCCGUCGAGGACGCCCGUGUCGAGCUUCCAGCGCGGCCGCGUCGUGACGGCGACGCCGCACAACGGCCAUCCUCCUCCGCCGUCGUCGUCUCCGCAGGUGCCGGUGUUCAAGCCGGAGGAGCCGGCGUACCGCGAGUACGAGCUGGGCCCGGAGCUGGAGCUGGAGCCGCCGCCGCCGCUGGACGCACCGGAGCACGACGGGGGGCGGCCCAAGUUCGCGAACCCGUGGGCGCGGGAGGUGGCGGUGCUGUCGUGGCGCACGGCGCUGAACGUGGUGCGCACGCCGGAGCUGUUCCUCUCCAGGGAGCUGGUGCUCUCCGCGAUGGCGCUGAUCCUGUCCACCAUGUUCCGCCGCCUCGGCGCCGGCGACAUCCCGACGGUGAACCGCCUCCUCAACUUCUACAUCUUCGCCGUCUGCCUCGUCUUCUUCUCCUCCAACGACGCCGUCCCCACCUUCAUCCAGGAGCGCUUCAUCUUCAUCCGGGAGCGCUCCCACAACGCCUACAGGGCCUCCUCCUACGUCGUCGCCUCCCUCGUCGUCUACCUCCCCUUCUUCGCCGUGCAGGGCCUCACCUUCGCCGCCAUCACCAAGCUCAUGCUCCGCCUCCGCAGCAGCCUCCUCCACUUCUGGCUCGUCCUCUUCGCCUCCCUCGUCACCACCAACGCCUACGUCAUGCUCGUCAGCGCGCUCGUCCCGAGCUACGUCGCCGGCUACGCCGUCGUCAUCGCCACCACGGCGCUCUUCUUCCUCACCUGCGGCUUCUUCCUCAAGCGGACGCUCAUCCCGGCCGGCUGGCGGUGGCUGCACUACGUCUCGGCGAUCAAGUACCCCUUCGAGGCGCUGCUGCUCAACGAGUUCAACCACGGCCGCUGCUACUCCGGCGACCGCGCCGAGCUCUCGACGGGCCCACUCGGGGGGUUCAAGCCCAGCCAUCGCCGGCAGGAGCUCAACCUCAGCGACGCCGCGUGCCCGCUGAUCGGGCAGGACGUGCUGUCCACGCUCGACAUCACCGUCGACGCCAUCUGGGUCGACGUCGCCAUCCUGCUGGCAUGGGGCGUUCUUUAUCGCCUCGCCUUCUACGUCAUCUUGAGGUUCUACUCCAAGAACGAGAGGAAGUGA